AUGGUAAAUUACGAACUAGUCAAAUCGAUCAGGAAAGCUUGUUCAGCAGAAGAGACAGCACCAAAGAGGAAGCAUGUUAGGGCAUGCAUCGUGUAUACGUGGGAUCAUGGUGCCUCUUAUGAGUUCUUCGAAGCGUUGAAAAGUAUGCCUAUCCUUAACAACGAGACACAGGUGUACAAGGCUCUGAUUCUAGUUCACAAGGUGAUACAGGAGGGACACCCUACUGCGUUGAAGGAGGGGUUAAAGAAUAGAGACUGGAUUGGAACGGUAGGGAGGAGUCAAAGAGUGGAAAGUGUGGGUACAUAUGGAUACUUAAUUGAGCAGUACUCGAAAUUCUUGAUAUGUAAGCUGGACUUCCAUGCGUAUCACAAGGGAUUCACGAGUGGAAUAUUCGAGUACAAGGAGUACGUUGCGCUGAUGAAUGUGUCAGACCCUGAUGCCGGAUAUGAAGUGAUUUUGGACUUGAUGGGACUUCAGGACAAUGCCACGAACUACAGCGUGCAUGUGUUGGCUUCCAUCGGGUCAGAGAAUCGUGAGUCCGAGUGCAAGAUAUCGGCGCUGGUGCCCAUGAUAGCCGAGACGUAUGCGAUCCAGAAGUUCACGACGGCUAUGCUUAGGGGCAUGGUCGAGCAGCUGGGCGACACAGGCGGACUGGAACAGCUGAUCGACAAGCACAACAUCCAGUACGCGAGGGUGUUCGAAUUCUUCGCUGACUGCUCAUCAAUCAAGUACUUGAUAUCCCUAAUAAAUUUACCAAAACUUCCCUCACAACCACCCAUAUUCGUAACAGGUACAGUAGUGGAUAGAAAGCCGUUACAGUCAGCAAAACCAAGGGAAAUACCAUCGCCAGAUAUCCACUUGACGAUUCAUCUUGCUCUACAGACCAUCAAACACUUCCAAGACCCCGUCUCUGCCGUCUCCAUAACUCAACUAGCAAACGAGGUAGCUACACAACCACGCAUCCCAAGCAUCAUCCAGUUGACCCACCAAAUCACAACACUACUUCAACGCAAUCCAUCCCCACUCCUCGCCCAAGCUUCUCAACUCUACUUCCAAGCACUACUUUCCCCAAACCAACAAGACAUCAUCAAUGCAAAUACAAAUCUACAAAAUCUUUUAAUUAACUCUCCCGCUCAUAUCUUUGAUCCACCCACUCCACAAACCCACACUUCGGCUUGA